GUUUGUUAUGAAUUCAUUAACUUAAUUACAUUUGUUACGGAAAAGACGAGAUUUUAGUUGAACCGAUCGUACUUCAGUAUUCAGGCUUCAGGCAUUGAGAUAAGUCUUGUGCCAAGAUGUUUUUGUUUUUAAACAUAUGUGUGAUAACAUUUUGCUAUACUCAGGCUUACAGAUUUGACUACGUGUACUCCCAAGAGGCGGACGGCUGGCUAAAGCUACACCAGGUACCGACAACUUGGGAAGACGCUUAUCUCAACUGCUAUUAUGAAGGUGGUGUCUUAGCCUCUCCAGAAAACGAAAAUAUGAAGUUGGCGCUAACAAAAUUCAACAUUUUAUCAAAUUGUGGCAUAUACACUGGCGUUCACGCGACGUUCGGCAAAGGGGCCUACUUCUCAGUAAAGGGAAUACCGUUAUCUCGCAUGCCAGUCACCUGGGCCCCUGACGAGCCCGACAACUCUGACAACGCCGAGGACUGCCUCGUCAUGCUGUCAAACGGUACCAUGGCUGAUACCAAGUGCUCGGAGACCUUCCCAUACUUUUGUUACAUCAGUAAAGAGCAGGCAAAGGAGGAGCUUAACGCGUGCGGUACUAUGGAUGAAGAAUACUCUUUGGACACAAGAACAGGUAGCUGCUAUAAAGUGCACAGGUCUCCUCUGAAUUGGACACGCGCAUUCGUCGCAUGCGCACGCGAGGGUGGCCAUCUUGCUGUCGUGAACAGUAUUGUGGAAGCUCAAAUCAUCGCCACGCUGUGGAACAAUGCCCGUCCCCACUUUGUAGCCGGAAAGUAUAACAGAGAUAUUGCUUUCUUGGGAUUCAAAACCAUCGAAAAUAAAUUCCAAUGGAUGACUAUACAUGGACAAACGCUUGCGGCAGCUGGGUACGACCGGUGGUCCGACGGCCAACCUGACAAUCCAGGAGUCCAGAAUUGCGGAGCCAUGUUCAGAAACGGGCUGUUAGACGACAACAACUGCGACAACACGCUCCCUUUCAUCUGUGAGAAGGACCCGGCUAGUUUACUCUCGGAUCCGUUGAGCCAAUAGUUUUGUGACGCACGACGGCCACGAAACGUACAGUUAGUGCCCCAACUUAAGUUCCCACGUCGCCAUACUAGCUGUAUAGGAGAGUGGAUACUUAGGCCCUCACAGACGGAGCGUAAGCGUAAGCGUAUCAUAAAAACGUUACACGUAAGCGUAAUCGUUUUAUAAGUGAAAUCUCAUUAGUAAAAAUCAUGGCGUCGCUGGCGUCAGAUGUCUUCGGCGGAUGUAUCGACGAUCUUACUUUCUCGUCAGAUGCAGAACAUUUUUAUUAUUUGCUGAUUAUGUCAAAAGUUUUGUUUUUUACGCCUGUAUUACACUACACGUGUCGUAACGACGACAAAAAUCGCAUACGCUACGCUACGACGACGCUUCGUGUGCGGAGUUGUUUGAAGUUAUUCGUGCUCGUAGCGCUCUCGUUCUACGCGCGUAUUACGCUCCUUGUGUUGAGGGCCUUAUGUUAGGGCACUGGGUAUGCUGACGCGGACCGUCAUACAGCAAAAUUGUCAGCGUCAUGCGACCACGCCUCGAUAGUCGUAUAUGAUCGAUGGAAACAACGUGACUAAUGUGACUAUCGAAUAAUAAAAUAGACAAAAAAUGUUAUGCUUAUAUGACAUACUUUGGGUUUUUAUCGAUUACAACCACACCCUCAUCGUUAAUGGAUCGUAUUACAUUAAACGAAAAAAAAAACAAACAAUGAAAUAGCUACUUUCAUAAUAAUAGACGGCAAAACAAUAUCUCCUAAAACUUAAAAGCUAUUGAUCGAAAACUAAAGGCCAAGUUGACAAAGGACUCUACCGAGCUUUCAAAACUAUAUUCCACUCAGUGAUGUAAUGAAACUGGCCUGCGUUCAGCGACAAGCAAUGCGAUUUAGGAAUUAAGUAAGUAGGUAAUAGUAGAUUGUUAACCAAGGUUGAAAAGUGAACCAUAUCAGCCGAGAUAUUUUGGCGCUCGAACGAAGUGAGGGCGCCAAUAGUUCCAGGAUGAGAUGGUUACUUUUACCCGAGUUAAACACAAUACUUUUCAUUUCGACUAUGAGGAAAGCCAAACACGAACAAGAAAUGUAGGUUAUGAGUUAUGACUGCAGGAAUUGGUCAUUUACAUUUUGAUUGGAAUAAAAUCUAAAACCAUAGACAAUCCGAUCUUAAAUUGGGAUGUGUCUGAAAUGGCCUUAAAGUAUUCGCGCCUUAAAAACACUGAAUGAAUGAAUGUAAUGUGUGUAAACAUUCAUCGUGAUUUUAUAUUGAUUUAUUAACAAAUAUUUAUGGUUAUUUUAUAUAUUAAAAUUUUAAAUACACGUAGUGUAUUUUUUUAAUAAUGCAAUGCAAUUGACGUUUAAUUUCGAUAAUACUUGGUCUGAAAAUGCAGAAGCUAAUAUGAGAGCUUUUAACUGAAUAAUAUGGCAUAUAUGGCUGUAAGCCGUAGCUCGAAGUACAAAUUUAAAAAAAUUACACUCCACCCUAUGGUGGUAAAUGCAAUUUUUAAAGUUGAACUUUCCGAUUAAGAGAGAUGAAAAAGUAUUAUUUAGUGUGCACUAUAGGUACUGUUAAAAAUACACAGAAAAUAAAAUACAGUUAAAACCUAAGUAACGAGAGGCCAUCUUAUCACUAAGAAGCAAUACGCGGGAAACGCGAUUUACUUCAAUGUACUCGUAAAGACUAACCAAGGACUUAAAAAUGUAGGUAACAUUCUUCGGUUUCGAUAAAACAAAAGCUUGGGCAAUGUGAAAACUAAAACGCAUGUAAAACGACAAUACUUGGGGAAGUGAAUACAAUGACUACUUUAAAUUCCUACGCGAGAAUGGGCCCGUUAUCCAAUAUCGGUGCUUUUCGUGCAAAGAAAGAGGAAACUGUCUCAGCUUUUACAAAGGCAUACAAUGGAGUUCAUUUCUAUUUUUACAAUUAACCUAUUAUUUAUUUUGUUAACGAAUCGAUCGGUUUUUGUUUUUAGUUUCGCCCACUUCUUUUUCUAUUGGCGCAAUGAUUAAAAUUCAAACUUCAUCGCAGCACCGACAUGAAACUGCUUUUUUGGAAAUAUUGGCUUAGAUGUAUAAGCCAAGAGAUACAUCAUUAUUUAAAUUUGUCUACUAUCAACUGCAAUAACACGUACUGUGACACACUGUACGGUGUUUACGGUGUGUGUGUACAUUGUGAUAGGUAUGUCUCACUAAAACUUUAUCUUGCCAAUUAAUAUUGUCUCGUGUUGGCUUAAUUGAGUGUCCAAUUUCCCUUGCUUCCACACCGUACAGAAAUAUAGAAAUAAAUAUAACGCCGCGUAACCCAAAUGCGGCAUUUGUUAAAUUUCAUGUUAGAAAAUAAUAAAAUUUUAUGUAUGUAUAAAAUGCACAGAGUUUUUUUUAUUAAAUUCUACAAAGUAUUUGUAAGCUGUACCAUGCUCAUCUACAUACAAAACACCAAGGCAGUUAUAGAGGAAAGGUGUAUAAGAUUUCCAUGUGAAACAAAUAGGAUGGCGUUUACUAACUGUCAUAUGUAUCUUACUUUUGUCAUACUCAAUGUAAUAAGUUUUCAUAAUAAUAUAAAUAUAUUUUUUCAAAACCUACAAAGUAAUUGUCUUGCACACGCCGGUAGCUAAGCAGUACCCUGUAAUAACUUUCCGUAAAAUCCAACGCGUCGCUCUCGCCGCCACUGCAGUGAACUGAGCCGAGGGGGUAAGCAAGUUUACGUUUUGCUUAAAAAAUCAACUAGAUGGCGUUAACUGUUUGCGUGCAAUCGGAACGGAUCAUUUUACCUCUUGCGAUCAACUUGUAUACCUUUCCCCUAUUUACAAUUUCGUUCCAAUUAUUAUACAUAGAUGAUGUCUAAAAAGCGAGGAGCUAAUUAAUCCAAUCGCUGAAACCAAGUUUAAAUAAUUGGGUAAUUUUAUUGUUAUAACAAUGUAUCUCUUAUUGAAUCGCCCCUAACUGAGAUCUUUCGAUGUUCUAAAAACACGUAAUAGUAAAACGAAGUCUCUUAAUUAAAAAAACAGAGCAAACGGAGUGAAAAAAAAAAAACAAAUGGGGAUACAAACACAAAGGAGAAAUAAGGGAAUCUGUUUUUAAUUUAUAAAAUUGUUACCCAGCCAGCUUUUAUUCGUGUUCUUUGUGUUUUACUAUAUUUAUAAGUACUACGCAGUAUCAUAUGAGUAAAAAGUAUUUAUGAUCACACAACACCUCUUAAAUGCGUCUUCUUUUGACUAGUAACUGCAUGGGUAUGGAAUUAAUGACCAAAUAAUGACCAAGGUCGGUUAAAUAUAAUCCUAUACCGGAUCCUAAUCUGUAGCACAUGCUUUUCAAUCAGCGAAAUGCAGUCAUUAGUCAAAGUGUUUAUUUGUAAAACAUAAGUGAAACUGUUACAGUGGUGUAUAAAAUUAUCAAUUUGUACCACUAUGUUUUUCCUUUUUGCUUGCAAAAACAUGUCCCAAAAAGAAUUUAUACAAUAACUUAACUAGAUAAUUAAUAAAACAAAAAAAAUUAUAUUCUUAAAUAAUAACUGUAAAAGCCUUCAUUAUAUAAAUUAAAAACAUUUCCAAUACAUAAAAAAUAUAGUUAUGCUCAGAUCUAAUUACAUGUCAGGAAAAAUAUUUAUUUCAUCAAUUAAAAACAUUCAGUUCUUUGAAUAUGAAUGAAAUGCUUUUAUGCUAUCGCGCUCCUGCACCAUAGUAAUGAGACCUUAAGAGUUAAAGGGACGACGGCUUCUUCAUACAAACGCAGUCCCCAUUUUCCUCUCUGGGUAUUGACAUUAUGAAAAAUAUUUUUACAUAAUUCCUUCCCUUCCCCCUUUCGUUUGACUCUUCAAUAUUUUGAUUAUAUACAGUGAUCGGAAUUAGGUGAGCUAAAAUACCUAUUCUUCUCAACAGACCAUAAUAAUACAGAGUUGAAAAAAGUAUUCGAUAUUUAUCGGGUACUAGUCGAAAUUUUAAACAUACGUACAUGUUUUUCCUUAAAGUAUGGGACGUUGUAUGUUAGUUAAUUUUAAAAAGUGUGACGAAAUGUAUGUUUAUCAUUCCGACUAGUACCCGGAUAAAUAUCGAAUACCCGGAAUGCAAGAUUUUUUUUUUCUAUCCUACUGUGUGUAUUAUGUCCACUUGGGAAAAAAAGGUAUUUAAGCUCACCUAAUUCUGAUCACUGAUUAUAUAAGAAAUAGGAGCGAAAAACAAAUUUCAAGCAAAUUUUUAAAUGUGCCUAACUUUUAUAACACCUAAUUAAAAUUUACUUUUGAUUUUUCCAAGGUUGAGAUACAUCAAAUUAUGUUAACAUAUUUUCAGUGACGAUAUUAUCCAGAGAGGAAAAUGAGGACUAAGUUUGUAUGGAAAGGCGAUUUCACACGGUCGUCCACUUUCGUCGUACUACACUAGGCUGCACUGCUUGCAUUUGUCCACAGAAAGUAAAACAUAUUCAGGUUAUACUAUCUGUUCUUAUAUUCAAAUAUUUAUUUUAACUGCAUUUUCUGGAUUUGCUUACUAAAAAACAAUAGAAGCUGAGGAAUAAUUUUGUUAUUCUUACUAUUCUUAGUUUUAAUUUAAGAGGUCGACUCGAUACUUAGGUAUCGAUACCGUAAGUAACUCGAUGUCCCUCUAAAUAUUUGCGAUUUCGGGGUUGAUCCCAAAUAAAAGUUGCUCAGUAUGAUCUAUAUAUUCACUUUGUAAAUUAUUACAGGUGACUAGUUCCUUGUGGUUUUAAAAUUUAAGUGGUAUCCAAUCUUUGUUUUUCAGAAAGAAUAGAAAAUAUUAUGCACACUUAAAUCCUCAAGGAAAUUAUAUGCCAUCGUUUACUAACCUCCCAAAAAUAACCUAAUUAAUAAUAAAAUGAUUAAUGAAAGUGAAUAAUUAACGACGAAUGUUACAAAAUUAAAAUAAUUCGUUUAGUCGAGGGGUUUCCUUAAUGAACCAAAAUUCAAUUAAUAACAUCAACGUCACAUUGAACAAUGUCUUCGAAUUUCGAAUAAUGUAGCAAUCAAUGUAAAGGCAUAAUAAGGCGACUAAAGUACCUAUGUACAGCCCCGUAUCUAAUAGUGACCAUGGCUAGUAGAGAAAACAACCGGUAAAUAUUUAGUACCAGAUAAUACCGAUAAUUUACCGGUUUAUCGUCAAUUUUCAUAGAAAUUUUUACCGGUUUACAUUCUCUAGGCUGAAACAAGAAGGUAUAUCUUUAAAAUCUUUAUCCCUUAUAAAUAGAUAAGAGAAGUGAUUUUGGGUAAUACUCAAUUUUUUUUUUUUCUGACAAAAAAUCAUCGUCGAUUUAUUUAUAUACCUACAUAUUAUUAUUCCUGUUGCGAGAAGAAAAUACUUUAAAUACCCAAGUAAUUGAAAGGAAAUAACACAAGGACAAAUACUAAAAUAUAAUAUUACAAAAUUAAAACUAAAAUUAAACCUAGAAAUAAAAUAAAAUCAUCUACUAUAAAAUAUACUUACCUACAAAAAAAAAGGAACCAAUUAUAAAGAGAAUACCCCUUCUAACAGGUCUGUUUGCGGCAUGGACCCCAUGAUACUGGCGGCAUUACCUCUCUGUAUGGCAAGGGAAAUACGUUGAGAGAGGUACGCGCCAGCCCUGGGGUCCCCUGUGGUGUCGACCAGCCGCGCCGACAGUUCUGCCAUGAAUAUUUUCAUGUCGGCUGACCAGGGACCCAAAGUCUCAACCGCGAGCGCCGCAAACUCAUAGUCGUCGAGCAACGUCGAGUAUUUGCGGCGCUUGAGUACUUGGGCCUGGUCAGCGGCAGCGCCGGCUCGAAUGCGGGUCCCCUGUAUGUGGGACUGUGCAAAGGUGUCGACACACGUUGCGUCCCACACCAGGGCCCUUCCUAGUUUCCACGGCACUAACGUGGCUCCGUCAGGACGCUUGCCGUCGUCCCUCGCCAUGCCCACGGGUUCUAAAACCGCAGGCACAGACACGGUGGCGAGCGCGCGACGGACCAAAUAAUUAAUAGUGCCGUGGCGGAAUAUUCGGCCGGCGCUUCUUGAACAUGAGAGGCCAUGGCGGCCCAACUGGUCCACAUCCUUGCCGCAGGCGCACGUAUGGGGAACACAUAUUCUAGACCCAAGCCUCAAGCAUAUUGCUAUUCUUAAGCUACUUGGGUCCAGAACAGUGCCGAUUAUUUGAGUUAUUAUUCUCAAAAUAUUUGAGUGCGGUCAGACUCAGUGCGUCAAACUUUUCAUAGAUUUACUCGUAGUAUAAGUUUAGACGCAUGCACCAAUCUGAAGAUUAACACUUUUAUUGAUAUACCUACUUAUUAAUCAAGUAAUAAGGGAUAUGAUCUUACUCUAUAACGUUACAAUAAAUAUAACCGAUACAAAAUAAUCAAUCGAUAAAAAUCACAUAGCCAGGGCCCGUACUUUUCAUGCCGUUGACGCAAAAAUGACGUAAUUUAACAUACAGGGAGUUACUACAAAUUUAGAUAACUUACUUAUUGAUGGGUAUCAUAAUAAAUUCUUGUUACGUGAAUAAAAGCUUGUUACGCUGUUAAAAACCAAAAAUAUGUAUUAUUUCAUAAAUUAAUAAUCUAUUAUUUUAUGUGUGACAAUAAAAUGAAAGUCAGUUAGUCAUUUCUAUACUGAUUGUCAAAAAUACCAUUAUUUUUAAAUUCACUGUUGCGUUAACACUGAAAACGAACGUUUAAGCCCAGAACAAAGCAACCCUUCAUCGGAUUAGACCAAAAUCUAUUUCAAUACCAUAUUGAAAACCGCGCUCAGAAUUUACGAAUAUUAACAAACCGCAAAAGCUUUUCAGCACAUCACAACAAACCGCAUUGGAAAAUGUAACGGAUUAAUGAGACCGAAAAUACACACUUACUCGUAUUAUUAUGAGUUGGCAAAAAUACAAAAACAUAACAGUAUAUGUCUCUUUUUGUUGACUCUGUUCACAACGACGCGUGCCUCGACUCGUAAUGUCAUGUUGUUAAAGGUUAGAUUUGACAAAUCUGCGCGUCAUCGUGGAUGACACGAACUAUAACAGUGUUUUCCUGAUCGCUCGUAUUUGCAAGAGUAAUAAAGAGGUAGAUAACGAAAUUUCGAUUUUCGAUGUUCGCGGUAAGCCCUCUAUGAUACAGUCCUUACAUAGGCAUAGAUAAGCCUAAAUAAAUAAAUAAAUAUUUGGGGACCAUCUUACACAGAUCGACCUAGCCCCAAACAAAACAAAGUUUGUACUAUGGGUACUAGGCGACGAUAUACAAUUGUAUAUAGAUAAAUACAUACUUAAACACAUAGAAUAUGAUGGAACGAUAUUACGUAUGUAUAAAAUGCUAAAAGUGACGCUUAAUUUAACUACGUCACUUUUGAUUAACUUUCAGAAAAAACGAUGGCCUCUUUCAAAUAAUUUAUAGUGGACUAUGAAAACUCAAAGAAGUACCUAAGUAUCAAUGUUGUUAAAAAUACAUUUAACAUUGUUAUGAUGAUGGUGUUUACUAAUGAUAUUUACUAGGAAAAUGAGUCUUAAAUGUAACUCAUUAAAGUCUGAGAUAAAAAUGUUUUUACGAAACUUUGAAGGAAGUCUGCAAAAUUUCUAAACGUACUUAUACUCCGCAAAAAGAUAAAAGUAAAAUCUCGAGUGUCUGACAUUAAAUUUAUUUGGAGUAGGUAUAUUCUCGUACCAGAGUUUGUUACGUUUUAAAGAGCAUUUGAAGUGUAUUAGGAAAAUCCUUUUAUUAUUGAGAUGAGAACUUCUAGUACCGCCAUAUAUUUCUUGUUAACUAUAUUGAUAAUAUUAUGGUCUAGACUCUAGUUAUUGUCAUGCCAAAAAUAGUAUAUUAAUUUGAAACCCGGAUUUAACUAUUUGAGAUCAAAUUUUGAAUUGUUCUGAUUUCAUAGAGAGCGGCUAACAACAUUCAUGCUUGGGUACAGUCACCGUCAGAUAUAUCGGAGUGGCCAAGGUGCUCGCAAAUAUCUGAACACGUCUGUAUUGUCAAGGCGAGAGAGUGCGUGUUCGGAUAUUUUGAGUACCUCGGCCGCUCCGAUAUAUCUGAUGGUGACUAUACAAAAGGAGCGGCCUAAUAAAAUCGUGCAAAAACCGAAGAAUAACUACCUCCCAUAGAAUAUUUGUUAUAUUAAGGAACACUGUUCAGGAAAACGUUUAUGAAAUAAGAUGUCGAUGGGUUUUACUUUACUAUAAAAUUAAGAGCCCAGCCUUAUUGUAACUCAAAAUAUAAUUUGAUUUAAUUAGAAGUAAAUUAACGUGUCUAUCCGUUAACAUAACAGACAAACGUUCCGGUCCAUACACGAAAACAUAUACGAAACCAUGAUAAAACGAUGUCGAUCACAUGUAUGCUCUGCGUAAAAGACGCAUGUCAGGAUAAAGGGACUUAACGAGCAUACCGAACUUUCACUCAGCAAAGAAACAUACUUUUUACCAGAGUAAAUAUUUGAGCUUUGCCGGAACG